AACAGCACUUCAUUUGUUUUGGCGGGAAAUUUACACACUUGUUUAUUGUUUAUUAUUUGCUGCUCGCUGUUUUUAUUUUACCUAUCUCAAUAUGGAUCAAUAUCCAGACGAGAAUGAAGAGUUUGAGCUGCAGUACCAAGAUGAAAUGGAACUGCUUGAGGACAUGCCUCACGAGUAUGAUGCCGUCGACAAUGGGCCCAGCACAUCUCGUCAGGCAGCAGCUCUACUCGAGCAACAACAACAAAAGGCAGGAGGAGCAGCAAAUUUAUCUGUUGCUGGCCUCAAGGAUGUCUCGCGCUUUAGCAACUCCACGCUUAACUCUCCACAGUUGUCACAGAUUACAUUUGGCGCCAGCCAAAGUGAAGCUGCUGGAGUUGGACCAGUAAGUCGACGUCUCUUUGGAACGCCCAGAGGCCCGACAGUGGGGCGUGGCUGCUCGACGCCAAUGCAGCGCAUGUCGGCUAUAGAGGAAGUACUUACUCCCACUGCCGACAAGACAGCACCGCUGUUAAAUGCCGCCGCAGAACAGUUGCAGGAAUUGGGCCUGCGUGGCAGUAACAAGCGACGGCUGGAACGGGAUCUCUUCGGCGAUAUUGACGACCUGUAUCACGAGAGCUACGAAGAUCCCAUGCUGAAGAAGGCUCGAACUGAGGAGCAACGCGACAAUGAAGCCAUCGAACGCAUCUUGGAGCUGAGGCGCAAAAUGCGAGAGUCCAGCAAAACGGUGCGCCAGGAUGAGGUAUCGCGUCUGCGGGCGCUCCAUGACUUCAAAAUGAAGAAUCUCUCAUACGAAAUACCCACCUGGCCAUUUCUAGCGCUGCAACGCAGCGAUCUGGAGCGCCUCUAUGUGCGUUUUCACUCGGAAGACUAUGAGCGACGGCAACUGGAGCUGCUCAGCGCAAGGGACAAUAUAACAGGCAGCCUGCUAGGCGAGGCCAAGCAACAGAUCUGGCAGGAAGCCAACGAGCUGGUGCUGCGACGUAUGGCACCACCAACACAGCUCGUCAAUCCCGAGCCAGCUGUGCCCACCGUAGAUUUGGGAUGCCUUUGGGUAGACAAGUACAAGCCACGGAAAUACAUUGACUUGCUCUCGGAUGAGAUGACCAAUCGCAGUCUGCUCUAUUGGCUUAAAAUGUGGGAUAAGGUUGUCUUUGGAAAGGUCUUUCACAGCAAGCAGGAGCAGCAGGCAGCCAACGUGGGAGCGCCCGCCGGUCAACAGCUAAACAGCUUCAACAAGCGAACUGGCAAAUUCGAAUCCAAUGGCGGCUGGCGUCAACGCAAGGCGCGUCUAGCGCUAAACACCAAUGUGGAUGAGCUGGGCAGACCCAUGCAAAAGGUGGCACUACUUAGCGGUCCUCCGGGUCUGGGCAAGACAACACUGGCGCACACAAUUGCCCGUCAUGCCGGCUACAAUGUGCGGGAAAUAAACGCAUCCGAUGAUCGCAGCCCAGAGGCCUUUAAGUUGGCCCUGGAGAAUGGCACACAAAUGUCAUCGGUGUUAAACGAGGACAAACGACCCAAUUGCAUUAUCCUGGAUGAAAUUGAUGGCGCGCCACGUCAGUCCAUUGAGUAUCUGGUCAAAUUUGUCAGCGAUGGCAUCUUCAGCAAGGUCAAGUCCAAAGGUGCCAAGGCGGAGCACAACGUGCUCCGUCGUCCCAUCAUCUGCAUUUGCAACGACAUUUACGAUCCCGCCCUGCGACCCCUGCGCCAAAUUGCAUUUGUCGUCAACUUUCCGCCCAUCGAUGCUGCGCGUCUAGCCGAGCGAUUGCUACAAAUUGCGCACAAGGAGCACUUGAAAACGGACUUUGGUGCACUUAUCUCUUUGGCUGAGAAAACAGGCAACGAUGUGCGCAGCUGCAUCUCCUCUAUGCAGUUCUUUAACGCCCAAAAGCAUUGUUUAACGCUUCAGGAUGUGCUCAACAACAAUCUGGGUCAAAAGGAUAGGCAUCAAGGACUGUUUGAUGUGUGGGGUGCUAUUUUUAGGAUACAACGGCCAAAGAAGCAGCUGCAACAAAGCAGCUCGAACAAUGCUGAGGAAACUGCUCAGGUGACCAUGACGAACAUGUCCGUGGCAACGAGAGUGCGCAAUGUGCUCGACGUGGUGCACUCCAGCGGAGAUUACGAAAGACUCACUCAAGGCGUCUAUGAGAACUAUUUGCAGCAAAAGAUGCCAGAUCCAAAUUUUACGGGCAUCUGCGAGGCUCUGCAAUGGUUUUGCUUUGCGGAUACGCUACAGCAUCAAAUCUCACGGCAGCAGAACUACAGCAUCUAUCCAUAUUUGCAGUACGGGUUUGUGGUUUGGCAUUUGCUCUUUGCCACAUUGGCCUGGCCGAAAAUUGCAUUUCCCACGCGUGGCUUUGAGUUCAAUCAGAAGUCCACGAACCAGCGCAACAUCUUUCAGGCGCUGCGCAAGGGGGUCACCACAUCAGCACAGGGCGUGGGCCAGGGCAGCAUUCUACUGCUGGAUACGGUGCCGCUGCUGAAGCGUAUUCUUUCGCCACAGCUACGCUCGGUGGCUGUUCAGCUGUUAUCCCAAAAGGAGCAAUACGAUCUACGCCACACGAUUCAAGUGCUGGUUGAUCUCGGCUUGAACUUUGUGCAAGUCAAAUCAGCGGAGGGACAUUAUGUGUUUCAAACAGAACCGGACUUGGAUACGCUGUGCGGGUUUCCAGGCUUUCCUGGACUUACGCUGCCCUACUUCAGUCGCCAGCUGAUAGCACGCGAGGUCGAUCUGGAGCGCAUACGUCGCGCCGCGCCCAAAGGUGCUUCGUCGGAUGGAACAAAGAGCGCAGCAACAGCAGCUUCAGCACCCGGCCCGAAGCAGAAGGCAGUUGCAACGCGUCUGCCAAAUCAUUUGCAAACAUUGAAGCCAAAGCAAAUAAGCGACUUCAAUGCGCCGCCCAAGCAGCAGCAAUUCUGUUGCAAAUUUUGGUGGCGCAGCUUAUUGAAAUUUAGCUUUACCCAAAUUGCCACAACCUCUCAUCCGCAAAUCCGCCUUCGACUUCGAGUCCCUCCGACUCGUUGCUGCCGCAAAUCCUGUAAAAGCUAAUAACCCAUAAGGGGAUUCGGCUGCCCAUUGUCUUCGGGGUCGUAAUGUGGGAUCAGCGCAAACGAACAUUUAUUGCCAAUGCUAAACGAAAGCGACUGCCAGCAGCAACAACAACAGCAACAGCAAAAU